AUUGACAUGUUUCUUACGUUUACGGAGGUGGUCCCUGUAAACGAGAAUCUAUCACUCCUGUGCCCACCUUGGAUUGUCACUCCGGACUCUGACACACAACAGUUCUGCUUCUUGUGAAACUCCAGAGACCCUUCGCUUUACCUGUGGCCACCAACAUGGCUAACAGCACCGCAGCAGCAGUGAAGGUUGGGACCCCUGGCCCUGCUGGCAGGACCAGUCCAGAGGGAUCUCAGGUGCUCAGUAAGAAGAAGCUGCAGGACCUGGUGAGAGAGAUCGAUCCCAAUGAGCAGCUGGACGAGGAUGUUGAGGAGAUGCUGCUACAAAUUGCAGAUGACUUUAUAGAGAGCGUUGUGACAGCGGCCUGUCAGCUGGCUCGCCAUCGCAAGUCCAACACCUUGGAGGUGAAGGAUGUUCAAUUACAUCUGGAGCGCCAGUGGAACAUGUGGAUUCCUGGUUACGGCUCCGAUGAGAUCCGGCCGUUCAAGAAGGCUUGCACCACAGAGGCUCACAAACAGAGAAUGGCGCUGAUCCGCAAGACAACCAAAAAGUAGCAAGACUGUUCUCUGAUAUGUUGUACCCACUCUGUGUAUUGUCUUUUUUUUUUCCUUUUCAGUUGGGAUGUUUUUUUGACUUAUAAGGAAGAAAAGGAUGUUUUGGGUGAAGUUUCUUUUUUCAUUUGAUAUUAGAUAGUGUUUCAUUGUCAUGUCUCUCUAACUUUUUGAGUACUGUGCCACAUACAUCACAUAAAAAUGUAAUUAUUGUCUCGGAUUCUGUUUUUGUUGCCAUUAAGCUAAGCCUGGCAGAGCUCUAUUCAUUGCAAUUUUUUCAAUAAACAUUUACUGGAAUACUUAUUUUCGAUGAGGUGGUUCUGGUUUACCUUUUUAAUAUUCUAAAGCGAUUUAGUGUUCUCAUGCCAAAAUGUUUUAUUUUAACAGGAUAUUUGAUAACAUCCUAUUGGCUACUGAUGGUAGGUUUUAUUACAUUGACACUUUUUGCCACCAUCCCUGCAAGUUUUAUUUUUUACCUUUGUCUAUUUCAGCAAAAACAAUUAUAGAAGAAAUGGUACUUUUCACAAAAUAAUAAAUACAUAAACAAAGGAUCUGGUAUCAAGAGACAUUUUGUAUUUGCAACAUUUGACAUGAGUGAGUCGUACAUACAGUGUUGCAUUUAGUUAAAUACAUGUUUCCCUUUGUAACUAAUAGGAUCAUUUCACAUGUGGUAUAUUUGCAUUGAGCCAAGAACGCAUCCCUGUACAAAUACAACAGUUAACCUGUCAGUGAAACACAGGAGGCUGUUUAAUCUGCCAGACGGACAGUAAUUGCUAUGGAAACCUCUCACAACAUAAAACAAUAUCCAAAUGCACCCUAGAGUUGUAUAAAUUAAUUAUUUUUGAACAAAAGGACGCCCAAAACAAGUGCUCGCUCUCAACAUGCUGUGAUGCAACAAAGCCGUUUCUAGAAAACACCGCUCAGGCCCAAAGCAUUCUAGCACAAUUCACAGAGUCAUAGGGGGAUGUUUAUAAUCUCCACCAAGGCACCCGAAAUAACAGCUGCCAAUCACCGACAGACCCAGCAUCAUAGACAAGAAUCACAGAUGAAGGUGCGGAAAUGGGUUCUAAAGAAGGAAAAGCAGUGUAAUUGUACGGUCUCACAAGCAAAAAUAAAACAAAUUAUGCCAAUUUGUAACCACAGCACACAUUCUGACCACUCAAGUAAGGAAAUCAGGACACCAAGGUUGGCAACCUACUGUCCAAACAUCGAUAGAAGAGAAGAUGUGAUCGUAUCCCACUCG